AUGAUCAGGAAGACGAGAGGCUUGCCCGUCAUUGUCCUUGGACUUACGCUCUUCAUCUACGAUCUACAGCCCGGCAUACUGACAAUACUCCACGAACGGCCUAACAGAAAGCCAAUGGUCUAUGUACUGGAUGGGAAAGACUUUGAGGACAGUGCAGAUGAAGUCUUUGACGACACUACCACAGAAAUGAGAUCCAGCCUUGAAUUAAGCGCUGUAGGACUGGGUCUGCGCCUGAUCAAGAACGAUGGGAUGCUCAAGGUAAAUUAUGAAGGUGAGAAUGGCGGAGUCGUGGACUGGACAUUCCAAGGCUUGCGCUGCUCCAGUGUGGGUAGCAUGACAGCAUGUGCCUUUACGCAGACAAUGCCCGAGGUUGCUGUGCAAUCCGAAUUGUCGAACAGUACUAUCCAGACCGUGAGCACCGAUCCCGUCCUGGAACGCAUCGUUCAGCCUCCAGUGUCUGGUCUUAGCAUUAUAUCGACAACGGAAACCCGCCCCGUCAAGCCUAUAGUCAAGCCUAUGAUCAAGCCUGCGAUCACGACCAAAUUUCCAAAGGAAGAACCCGGCAUCUUUUCAUCAAUGGUCGACAAAGAGAGCGGCCUCAAACGCAAAGCGACAGAAGACGUUGAGCAGCCGAAGCCACACAAACUCGCGAAAACAUCACACGAAUCUCCACUAUGGCCAGCUCAUCUAUACAUGACUUGCUGUCGCAUGCAACCGGUCUCACAGAGCCCCACCGGGAACCUGCAUAUCGAUCUCAGAGAGGGUACAGUGUGGUUCGAGGGCUGGCAUGGAAAAGCGGAGGCACGCAUAUUCGAGAAGAGACAGGUCAAUCUCCGGGAUUCAUCAGUCAACAUGACUAUGGACACAACAAAACACGACAAGCACUUAUCGCGCAGCGACAUGAACUUCGUAUUGGUCUACUCUACUGUUCAGUACAUUCGACAACACAAGCGUUCCGGAAAUCACCUUUCCACAACCCAUUCUCUCGAAAUAUCCAGGAAAAAUCUAAAGGACGAACUGACUCCGCUGUUUAGAGUAUUAUGCUCUGCACCCGGAUGGCAGACAUGGGGUUCCGAUACUGACACAAGUCUGGGUCCCAAUCCCGACCCCUCAGUCAAACUCAAAGAGGGAUUAGGGCUCAGCAAAACUAGCAAGUCACACGAGAAACUCACCUCUUCAAGCAUUAGAACAGCAACCGACAUCUCGCCUACCGUCAUCGUCGAUGCGAUCACCGUCCACCUGUACACGACCCGGACACUGAUCAUGAGUUACGGGAAGAUCUAG